GCAAAGACAGUGUACUAAUUUUCUUAUCACUAAUUUAUUUACUCAAUUGCCUGACCUUAGACCUUCUACUUACGAAAGUUUGAUAAAGUUGUGUGGCUGAUGUCCAAAUGUUCUUUGCUACAAAAGUGUCAACGUAAUUACUAAGAUGUGCUCUCAAAAUUUAACGCGCGUGCUUUUUACGAAACAAUCCAAUUUAAAAUGGUGUAUUAAUACAAUAAACAAUCGCUUAUAUAGUGAAAAUUCUGUGAAACCAAAGAAGACACCGUUGUACGAUCUGCACGAAAAGUAUGGAGGUAAAGUGGUUGAUUUUGCUGGAUUUCUGCUACCAGUACAAUACUCAGACAUGAGUGUUUCAACCUCACAUUUAUUUACUAGAAGCAGUGCAUCUAUUUUCGACGUAUCACAUAUGUUACAAACGAAUGUUUACGGCAAAGAUUGCGUUUCUUGGUUCGAGUCUAUUUGCCCGGUGGAUUUAAAAGGUAUGGCCAACGGAAGUAGCUCUCUGACUAUAUUCCUGAACAACAAUGGAGGAAUCAUCGACGAUUUGAUCGUUACUAAAGUAAAAGAAGAUCAAUUGUAUAUUGUUUCAAACGCUGGGCGAAUGGAAGUUGACAAACAACAUAUGCAAAAGACUUCGGAGAUAUUUAAAAAAUCUGGUAAAGAUUUGACAGUUGAAUUUUUAGAUGUUAGUCAAAGAGCUCUUAUUGCGGUGCAAGGUCCGAAAGCGGUGACAGCAUUACAACCAUUGACAAACAUACCACUAGCUGAUUUAAUAUUUAUGACGUCUACUACCGGGAAAGUGGCGGGAAUAGAUUGUCGUGUGACACGAUGCGGGUAUACUGGAGAAGAUGGAGUUGAAAUAUCCAUACCAGCGGACAAAGCAAUCACAGUAACUGAAGCUUUGUUACAAAAUAGUGAUGUAAAACUAGCAGGAUUAGGUGCUCGAGAUUCUUUACGGCUUGAAGCCGGUUUAUGUUUAUAUGGUAAUGAUAUAGACGAGACAAUAACACCGGUGGAAGCGAGUUUGACCUGGCUUAUAGCUAAAAGACGUCGAGGUGAAGCAAAUUUUCCCGGAGCUGAUCUUAUUAUGAGACAGAUUAAAGAGGGAGUAGAUAAACGACGUGUGGGAAUAAGAAUAGAGAAAGGUGCACCGGCAAGAAAAGAUGCGGUGCUGAAAAAUAAUGAAGGGAAAGACAUAGGUAAAGUGACUAGUGGAUGUCCCAGUCCAUCACUAGGAGGUAAUGUUGCUAUGGGUUAUGUUGCAGAGCAAUUUAAGAAGUCUGGUACUGAAUUAUUAGUUAACAUACGCGGUAAAGAUGUAAGCUGCGUCGUAGCUAAAAUGCCUUUUGUACCGUCGAGGUAUUAUGUCAAGAAAUAA